CGUAGUGUCGGUGAUAGUUUAAUGGACUGUUUCGAUAACAAGAUGAGUCUGCCGAGCAGUGGUGUCGACAUGUCCACCCUGAUGUCCCAGCACCCCGUCCUGGGAGCGAUCCCGCCGGCCUUCUUCCUGCGAGCGUCGGAAAGAUAUCAGCGUACGCCGAAAUGUGCGAGAUGCCGCAACCACGGUGUCGUGUCAGCCCUGAAGGGCCACAAGCGCUAUUGCAGAUGGAGAGAUUGCAAUUGUGCCAAGUGCACGCUGAUCGCCGAAAGGCAGAGAGUGAUGGCCGCCCAGGUGGCACUCAGGAGGCAGCAGGCCCAGGAGGAGAACGAGGCCAGGGAGCUGGGUAUCCUGUUCCCGACGCCCGCCGGCGUCGUCGAGAGUCCGCCUAGUCAGACGCCGCCGACGGGACCGGCCUCAUCCGACAUCGGCAUCAGCAACAUCCAGAGGAGCUUUCCCGCCUCGGAUUCGUCGGACGCGCCCAGUCCAACAUUGAAACGUCCCCGUCUGAAAGUGGAGAGCUGCUCCCUGGAGGAAUCCGAUUCGGACCCAGAAGAAAUCAAGAGAAGCCGCGAAUCUCCGCCGAUGUCUCAGCCACCGGCGCCCACACAACCGACACCAUCCCCAGAGCCGGUGACCAGUCCCGAUCCGGAUUUGGACGUCGAAGAUGACACGGAAAGCGAAGUGCCGGAGAAUUUGUCCAUUAAAAAAUCGUCCAGUCCAGAAACUACGCCUCAGCAUAACGCCAACUUCAUUCCCUACCAACAGUUCGCCCAGUUUCCGCAGUUCCAGCCUCAUUAUCCGAUGCAGAGGUCCCCGAUUGACGUUCUCCUGAGAGUAUUUCCCGGCAGAAGAAGAUCAGACAUAGAAAGUAUCUUGCAGAGAUGCAAAGGAGACGUGCUCCAAGCGAUGGAGAUGAUGGUGAGCGGCAGCCACGAGGAAGUGCAGGCGCCGUCCGCCUUCUCCCCGCUGGGCCCGCCGCCAAACUUCCACCGAUACAGCCCCUCCAGACGUUUCCUGUCGGCCCCGUACGCCGGCACGGGUUACCUUCCGACGGUAAUCCGCCCGCCGCAGGAUUACCUCACCACCAUGGUGGCGCCCGUUCACGACAUGUACAACAGCGAGAAGGCAACCGCAUCGUCGCCGGGUUCCAAUACCGGAUCGGACAAAACGUCCUACUCGGAAUAGCGACUGUGCUACGGUAACGACGUUUAUUAUCAAUGAUCCGGUGUAAUCAAUAGCUAUGAUUUUAAAACAGUCGGCGAUUAAAAUACACCCCAUUGCUAUUGCCCCGACACUAAUGAAUCACUAAUGCGUUGCCAUCCAUCUCUCGUCGAACAAGCCAUCUCAAGAGCAACGAUACGGACUGGCUGGGGUGCGUAACCACAAUUUAAUUUAGACAAUAAAUCGGGGCUGCACACGCCACUGUUUACAAAAUAAUUUAUAUGAUCUGGUAGCUACAGCCCAACAAUGGACUAGCUAAUAACUGGCUUCAAAUGUUUUCAAUAGGACUAGGGGUGGACCGACCCCUCCGGGGCACGCGGGGGAUGGAAAUUUGAUUCAUAUGUGUUUCAUAAUUAAAUUCUGAUGUGAUUGUUCGCCCGUAAACGCCGGGGACUCUUUUGCCGUCUGCCUCUCUCGGAGUACUGGGCCCCGUCUAUUGGCUGGUUUCUCGUACUUGAAGUGUUUUUAAUAUUGUGUCAAUGAUGAGCCUUUGUCGGGGCGAGGUAUUCAAAAGGUGAACAAAAUUAAAUUCAGCUGAUAUUAAAUUUGUAAAAGGAGGUUUAUUAAAUAUUGCGCGGGAUAUCUUUGGAUAAUGUGCCAAAAGUUGAUGUACGUAAGUAAAAUUGGGCCAAUAUUGAUUUGGAAAAAAUCAGUAAAUUCACACUACUUUCAUAUAAACUCUGACUAAGACCAAUCCGAUUUUCUGUCUUCUAAUUUAGAGAUUCUAACAUAUAAUAACAUCAUAGCUGUCUUCGAUUGAUCACACACCGAAUUUUUGUAAAUAAAAAUGUAAAUAAACAAAAAACAACAAAAUGCUUUAAUGUCUUUUAGUAGGUAGUUGGUAAUUCAUUUUCUUAAUCGGUUAAACUGUAUAUAAAUUGUGUAUAAUA